AUGGCUCGAGCUGCAGGAACCCGCGCCGCGAGCGCAAAACCCGCACCCAUCAAAGCAGUAAAGGUCAACGGCACUGCACGACGCGCAAAGACAGCAGCGCCCGCCAUCACCAACGGCGAUGCAGAAGAUUCAGCAUCCGAGUCUGAGCCUGAACCAGCCGCAAAGCGUAAGAAGAACGCGUCUGAGCAAAUAUCAUCUCGCGCUUACAAACCUCUAGCUGCCGCAAAGGGACGCGCAAAGAAGACAGCCAUCCCAGUGCCUGAGCCCAAGGCAAAGCCCGCACCCGCGCCCGCGAAGACCAACAAGCGCAAGAAGGACGAAGCGAGCGAAGAAGAGGCCUCGCCCGAACCUGAGGCCAAGAAGGCAAAGGUUGAUGUAGAUUCGCCCGCAGCAGAGGAGAAGCCUGCACCCAAGAAGGCAGCAGGACCCAAGGUCAAGGGCCCGCGACGAGUGCGCGGCGAGAAGAAGGAGAUCAUCGACGUCCGCUACACGGAGCCGCUCAAGGUCUUCGUCUUCGGCGAAGGCGCGAAUGGCGAGAACGGCUUUGGCGCGACCAAGAAGGCCAUUGACAUCAAGCGACCGCGCUACAACGAGCUCUUGACCAAGCACGAGGUUGUGCGAAUCGCAACCGGUGGCAUGCAUGUUCUUGCAUUGACCAAGGACAACAAGAUCUUGUCAUGGGGAGUCAACGAUAGCGGCGCGCUGGGACGCAACACAAAAGAUGCAGUCGUACCGACGCGUGAUCUCGACGCCGACGACAGCGAUUCCGACUCAGAAGACGAGACGGGCGGCUUGAUCGACCUCGAGGCUACCCCGACCGCCAUCUCCGACGAGUAUUUCCUGCCAGACACGACGUUCGUCGACAUUGCUGCCGGCGACAGCUGCUCGUUUGCCAUCACCACAGAGGGCGCCGUCUACGGCUGGGGCACGUUCCGCAAGAACGAGGGCAUUCUCGGCUUCAAGGGCAAGGGUGAUGUUGCAGAAUACCCACAGUACAUUGAGGGUGUCACCAAGGCCACCCAGAUCGCGUGUGGUACCAACCACGUCUUCGUUCUCACCAAGGAUGGCAAUGUUUACGCAUGGGGCAAUGGUCAACAAAACCAACUAGGUCGCCGUCUGACGGAGCGAAACCUCACCGAGGGCUUGUUCCCCAGCAAGGUCGGAUUCCGCGAUCUCUCCUUCAAGAAGGUCAGCCACAAGCUGGUCUCCAUUAGCAGUGGCGACUACCACGGCUUUGCGAUCGCAGAGGACGGCCAUGUCUGGUCAUGGGGUGUCAACAACUACUGCGAGACCGGAUACCCUGCCAACGCCGGUGCAGACGACGCCAACGUCUUGACUCCUCGCAUCGUGGCCAGCCUCGAGGGCAAGCAGGUCCAGCAGGUUGCCGCAGGUUCACAUCACAAUAUCGCGAUCACGAAGGACGGACAGGCGCUCGUCUGGGGUCGCUGUGAUGGUUCGCAAACCGGUCUGCCCAGCGAGACUCUGGCUAGCAUUGACGACGAGAAGCGUCUGAUGAAGAACAACGGCAAGCCCAAGAUCUUGAUUGAGCCUACCCCCCUCUCCGACCUGAAAAACAUUGUCGCUGGCUCGUGCGGGCCCGACCACUCCAUUGUCAUCGACAAGGACGGCAAGGCUUACUCUUGGGGUUUCUCGGCAAACUACCAGACUGCCCAGGGUACUGACGAUGACAUCGACACACCCACCCUGAUCGACAACACUGCUGUACGGGACGUAAAACUGGUCUGGGCCGGCUGCGGUGGCCAGUAUGGUGUGCUUGCCAGCAAGAAGGACUAG